AUGAGUGAUUUUGGAGAAAUUCUUAAAGCUGUGGGGGAAUUUGGCCCAUUUCAGAAACGUUUGCUGGUGCUGAUUUGUUUGCCAAAUUUCUUCAUGGGGCUCCACUUGCUUGCUCAGGUUUUUACUGGUGCGAAUGUCCAACAUUUCUGUCAGACCAAUUGGAUCUUAAACAUCAGUGCUGGUCUGGCCGAAGAAGAGAAAUUGUUCCUGACUCUCCCCGAGGGAAGAAAUGGCUCUUAUCAACAAUGUAAAAUGUACAAGCCGAACCCAGAUAAGGAUAUCGAUUGGAUACGGUUACACGGAAGCCAAUCGACAGUCGCAUGUGAAGAAGGAUGGGUAUACGACACCUCACAAUAUACCUCGACCUUAGUUACAGAGUUUGAUCUGGUUUGUGAUGCCAAUUGGUUAAAUCAGCUCUCACGGUCCUGUUCCAUGUUUGGACUUUUUGCUGGAGCCCUGUUGUUUGGUCCCCUAGCAGACAGGUUUGGUCGACGACCAAUUGUUUUAUUGUCACUGCUUCUUCAACUAGUCAGUGGUGUGGGAGCAGCAUUUGUGCCAAACUUCAACUUAUUCAUUGCUCUGCAGUUUGUUGUUGGUGCAUCGGUAUCGGGCAUAUUGAUUAACACCUUUGUUUUAGGUACAGAAUGGUCUGGUGUAUCGCAGCGAACACUUGCAACUGUCCUCUCACACUGCGCCUUUGCAGGUGGGCAGAUUGUUCUGGCUGGGCUGGCUUAUGGGAUACGUGACUGGAGGAUGCUGCAAUUAACUAUUUCGUGUCCAAUGGCUUUGUUCUUUUCUUACAUAUGGGUCCUCCCUGAGUCUGCAAGGUGGCUUGUAACAAAAGGUCAUUAUAAAGCAGCCAAGAAGCACCUUAUGAAUGCAGCAAGAAUAAACAAAAGGGUUGUGCCUGAAACAUUGCUUGACAAGAUUAUGACUGAGAAGGAGAUUCAUCAGGCCACCCUUUUGGAUCUUUUUAAGACACCGAGGCUGAGGAGAGUUACAUUGAUUUUGAUUAGCAUCUGGUUUAUUAACAGCUUUGUGUAUUAUGGAUUGGCCUUCAAUGUUCAAAGCUUCGGCACAAACAUUUAUCUAACACAACUCAUCUUUGGACUGGUGGACAUGUUGCGUGGCUUUUGCAUCUGGCUGCUGAAUAAAUUUGGUCGGAAAAAAUGUCAGGGAGGUUUCCUGUUGCUUUGCGGAAUCUCAUGCCUCCUUAUGUUAGCUUUUCCAGAAGGUAUGCAGAUAGGAGUCACUAUACUUGCCGUCUUUGCAAAACUGGGAAUUUCCUGCUCCUUCUCCACUGCUUAUGUUUAUUCUGCUGAAUUAUUCCCGACUGUAGUCAGGCAGACUGGCAUUGGUUUGGUAUCUAUGUCAGCUCGGAUAGGUGGCAUCAUCACCCCCAUGAUUGCACUUUUACAACAAGACUAUCCAGCUCUCCCCAUGGCCUUAUAUGGAACGGCACUGAUUGUUCUCAGUGCCCUGUGUGCCCUGCUGCCCGAAACUGUCAACAAAGAAUUACCAGAUCAAACCAGGGAAAUGAAUAGUAAGAAUGACCUAGAAAAUGGACACAAUCAGACUGUAGCAGAAAAUGGAAACUUAAUUAAGAAGAGACAAUGGCAAAACACCGCUGACAAAAACUAUCAAGAAAAACAGUUCAGGAUGAAGCAGCAGCAGACAAUGAGCCAAGGUCCUGGCUUUGGGCAGAGCACUAAUGGAAUAAGUGGCAGAGAUAACAACUGUAGGGAUCCUACAGUCACUGUUCUUGCUGCCAUCCAUCGACUGAGCACCGAACAGGAAUUAAACCUUGCAACCUUUGUCUAA